CAAAAUGAAGAUAUUAGUAUUGCUUACUCUAUCAAUUACCGCCGUUUUGUCUGGGCGAGUAAGUUACGACGGUUAUAAAGUCUAUCAAGUUGCACCAGUAACUGAACAAGAUGGAGAAAUUUUAAAAUCACUUAAAGAAUCCGGUCAAUAUGACUUUUGGAGUAACGUAAAGUUUCUUGGACAAAAAGUUAGUAUUAUGGUGAAACCGGAGUUACAAGCAAAUUUUACCAAUAUCCUUAACUUGAAUAAUUUGGACUACACCGUACUUAUUGAAAACGCCGAAAAUGUGUUCCAACAAGAACGCGAGAAACAAUCUCGCGCCCCUAAAGUUGAAAAGGGCAGAAUUAAUUUUACUCAAUAUCAUCGAUACGAAGCUAUUGAAGCGUAUUUAGCAAGAUUAGCUGAAGAAUAUGCUGAUAAAGUGAUAGUAAGACCGUUUGGUGUAUCUUAUGAAGGUAGGAUAAUGAGUUAUAUUCGUAUUGGGAACAAUGAAGGAAACCCAACGAUUUUAAUGGACGCCGGAAUUCAUGCUCGUGAAUGGAUUGCACCGGCAUUCGCGCUUUACAUCAUACAACAAUUAGUCGAAAAUCCUGAAUAUGCUUAUUUGAGUGAGAAAGUAAACUGGGUAAUAAUUCCGCUUUUGAAUCCAGAUGGAUACGAGUACUCUCAUGACGUAGAUAGAAUGUGGAGGAAAACUCGUAGUGCUGGAGUUCAAUGUUACGGAGUAGAUGGAAAUCGUAAUUUUGGUUUUAUGUGGGGAGGAUUGGGAACAAGUGAUAACGAAUGUUCUGAAAUUUAUCGCGGUCCGUACGCAUUUUCAGAAGUGGAAAUUGCUGCUUUUAGGGAUAUAGUUUACAGUUUAGAGAAUGUAGAUUUUUACAUGGCCCUUCAUAGUUUUGGAAAUUGGGUGUUGUAUCCUUGGGGUUAUGAUUUUCUUCUUACCGAUAACAACGACGAGCUUCAUUAUCUUGGAGAACGUAUAGCUGAUGCCAUUGCACAAGUUUUCGGUACUUAUUAUGUUGUUGGAAAUUCUGCUUUUCUUUUAUACCCAGCAGCUGGAGCAUCCGAUGAUUGGAUGAAGGCUGUGGGCGGAGCUGAUUUAAGUUACACUCUGGAAUUACCUGGUGGCGGAAGCCAAGGUUUUGAUCUUCCACCGGAAAGAAUCGAAAAUGUAGUAAUUGAAACUUGGCAAGGAAUUAUAGCCGCGUAUGAAUACAUUCUUGAAAUACAAAAAAAUUAA